AUGGAAGCGCAGGAGGAGCAGGACGGGGGGGGAGGCAAAAAAAUAUCCAUGAAGUCUAUUCAGUUCAUAUGGAAAAAGGCGCAGGAGUUGGAGAGGGACCAUUUGCUAGUUUCAUUCCUGUGCACCCUGUACAUCGUGGAGGAGCUCAACGACUACGUAAAGAACAAUAGCACCGAUAUAGAGGCAAAAAAUAUCUUCCUUCAAUGUCUGGACAAGGCUGAACAUACCCGCUCAUCUUUCGACGCAGUGGACUACACGAAGUUAGCCGAUUUUUGCAAAAAGCUGUUCCUAGCGGCUGACCGGCACGACAGACAGGCAGAAAUAACAAAAAAAACGCUGCAGAUGUUUUUCACGUCUCAAAUUUUUUACGAAAUUUUAAAUCACUUCCGAAAAUUAGACGACGAUGAGAAGAAAAAAUAUCUGUAUGCCAAGUACAAAACCGUUUAUUUGAAGAAAUGCUUUGACAAGGGAAUAAAGCCCGAGCCCGGUUCUCCGCGGAACGAGGGGGGCGAGACACCUCCGCCAGCCCCCGGUGAUGAAGGUGCCCCCGACUGGGAGGAGAUGCACCAAGGAGAGCCCAACCAACAAACCACUCACGGAGACUACACGGAGAACUGCGAUCGUUUAAGGGACAUGCACAAGUUUGAAUUGGGUUAA